UGUUAGUAUCUCCCAGUUCCAUCAGAACCAUGGAAUUUACCAUUGUUGUCGCCCUUUUUGYCUUGUUUGGAUUUUCUUUCUUGCAUGAAUCCAGUUCUACCAUCACCAAGCAGCACUACAUAGUUUACAUGGGAGACCAGCACUCAUACCCGGAUUCAGAUUCUGUGAUCAGUGCUAACCAUGAGAUGCUUGCUUCAUUCGUUGGCAGUAUUGAUGGAGCACAACAGGCAGCAGUUCACCAUUAUACCAAGAGUUUCAGAGGGUUUUCUGCUAUGCUCACGGCGGAACAAGCAGAGAAGCUUUCUGAGAGUGAAUCGGUUGUUUCUGUUUUCGAGAGCCGGACGAUUCAUCUUCACACCACACAUUCUUGGGAGUUCUUGGGAGUUGAUUCUAUUCAUCAAUAUAACCAAUUGCCUAUUGACGUUAAGUCGGAUAUGAUCAUUGGCGUCAUUGACACCGGAAUUUGGCCGGAGUCAGAGAGCUUCAACGACAGAGGCUUAGGGCCUGUGCCCAAGAGAUUUAAGGGAGAGUGUGUGACUGGUGAUAAUUUUACGUUGGCCAACWGUAACAGGAAAGUAAUAGGUGCUCGAUAUUACUGGAAAGGAGCGGAAGCAGAAAAUGGACGACUUGAAUCAUUGGGUUUUAGUUUCUUUCGGUCAGGUCGGGAUGAGAAUGGACAUGGCAGCCACACCGCAUCCACGGUGGGUGGAUCCAUGGUGAGGAAUAUCAGUUUGUACAGAGGAAUAGGGAGAGGUGUUGCAAGGGGAGGUGCACCUAGCGCUAGGCUUUCUGUCUACAAAGUUUGUUGGGGGCCGGUAGGACUCUGUUCCGUCGCUGACGUCCUAUCAGCCUUUGAUGAUUCCAUCGAUGAUGGCGUCGAUAUAAUCUCCAUCUCACUUGGUUCCACUACCUACAGCUACUCUAUUGAUCCCAUCGCUAUUGGAGCUUUUCAUGCAUUCAGGAAGGGAAUUCUGGUUUCAGCAUCAGCUGGAAAUUUUUACUUUCCUAGAACAUUGACAAAUGUGGCACCUUGGAUCCUCACAGUGGCAGCGAGCUCUGUGGAUCGAGAAUUCUCCUCUCAUGUUCAUCUUGGAAAUUCAAAAAUUCUCAAGGGUUACUCCUUAAACCCAUUUAUGAUGGAUGGCUUUUAUGGUGUCAUAAACGCGAGUGAUGCAGCAGCUCCGAGUGUUCCUUCUACCAAUGCUAGUUCUUGUGAGAAGGACAGUCUUGACAACACGUUGAUAAAAGGAAAGAUAGUGGUGUGCGAGAAUAUUAACACAAGAACAGAUUUAUCAGGAGRAAGCAUAAGACGGGGCGGCGGUGUCGGGAUGAUACUCGUCCUUGAUUUUCCCAAUGAAAUACUCGCACAGUUUAAAAUCCCAGGCACUCUAAUUAGUCCUCAACAAUCACAAGUCCUUCAAGCGUAUCUCUCUACCGAUAAGAAGCUAAUUGCGAAAAUCUCUCCUACAGUGACGGUUCUAAAAACAAGGCCUGCACCAGUCGUAGCUUCGUUUUCUUCGAAGGGACCAAAUCAAAUAUCACCUGGCAUAAUUAAACCCGAUAUUGCAGCACCAGGGGUCAAUAUAUUGGCAGCGUGGUCUCCAGUAGCAACUGCUCUAACGGCUGGACGACCUGUUGACUACAAUAUAAUCUCAGGCACCUCCAUGGCCUGCCCACAUGCCUCAGCUAUUGCUGCUAUUAUCAAAUCUGUCCACCCUUCAUGGAGUCCAGCAGUCAUACAAUCCGCAAUCAUGACAACAGCUACAGUACUUGACAAUACUCAAAAACCCAUACUAAGCAACCAAGAGAAAUCUGUGUCGACGCCUUUUGACUAUGGAUCUGGACACAUAAAUCCAAUUGCAGCACUUGAUCCCGGGCUAGUUUAUGAUUUUGAUUCCAAUGAUGCUUACGACUUUAUAUGUAGUAACAAUGCCACACUGGGAGAGAGGUUGGGGUUGAUAGGGAAGGUUGUUCCUUGUAAAAACCCACCAGUCCCAAUCUACAAUCUCAAUUAUCCAUCAAUUGCUGUAACGAACAUGACGGGAAUAAGCCUCUCUGUUAAUCGAACAGUUACUUACUACGGUGAAGGCCCAACUGUUUAUGUUGCAUCUGUAAAGCAGCCAAUGGGCGUGAACGUUAUGGUCCGUCCUUGUAAGCUCAGAUUCAGCAAAGUUGGUGAGAAGAAGUCUUUCAUGGUAGAAUUCAAGCCCUACAAGGAUACUAAUGGCAGCUUUGUGUUUGGGGAGUUGAUAUGGAGCAACUUAAACGGACUCCAUAGGGUUAGGAGUCCCAUUGCACUUCAUGUACUCUUAAUCUAGCUACUUACAUAAUAUUCUAAGCUAUACGUACUACUCA